AUGAAUGCAGAUCCUCCAGACAUGAAGGUCUAUUUUAUAUGGGACCACCUGCAGGCCUGGCACAUGGACUCGGUAUCUGAGUGGCCAGGAGCCCAGCUUGAGGAGAAGAUGAAACACCAGAAGUUCAGGCUGAGGAAUCCUCUGCUGCGGGAGUGCCUGGCUGAGUUCUUUGGGACAUUUGUCGUGCUGGUCUUCGGCUGUUCGGCUGCAGCGCAGGUCAAGACCAGCCGAGAGACAAAGGGCGAGUAUCUGUCGGUCAACAUGGCCUUCUCUGUGGGGGUGAUGUCCGCCAUGUACCUCACCAAGGGCAUCACAGGCGCCCAUCUGAACCCGGCUGUGACCCUGAGUUUCUGUUCAUUGGGGCAUGUGCGCUGGGGGAGGCUGGUGCCGUACUGCCUCUCUCAGCUUGUGGGGGCGUAUGUUGCAUCUGCCCUGGUGUACCUGGUCUAUUAUGAUGCUAUAAUGGACUUUAGCGGAGGGGUGUUGGCUGUACGCGGUCCAAAUGAGACGGCGUCAAUAUUCGCCACAUAUCCAUCAGAGUACAUCUCUCUUGGCAGAAGUUUCUUGGACCAGGUAGUGGGCACGGGAAUGCUGAUGGUGAGCAUCCUGGGUUUGGGCGAGCAGAGGAAUACCCCCGCCCCCCCGGGGUUAAUUCCACCCAUUGUGGGAGCAGUCAUCCUGGGGAUCUCCACGUCGAUGUCAGCCAACUGCGGGGCCGCAAUAAACCCCGCACGAGACCUGGGGCCACGCCUGUUCACACUGACCGCAGGCUGGGGCACGGAGGUCUUUACGUGUUACAACUACUGGUUCUGGGUCCCCCUCUUGGCUCCAAUGAUAGGAGGUGUCCUGGGCUCUCUGUUGUACUUGGUCUUCAUAGACUGGCACCUACCUGACCCGGACCCCCCCGCAGACCUCUGCAUCACCCCCACCUUCAACCAAGACUGCUUGCAGCCCUCCAUGGUCAAAGAAAAAGGAGGCGAAUUAAAGAUGGCGCGAUUCUAG